GUGUUGGUUUACAGAGGGAGGUAAUCAGCAUACAUGUGGGACAGGCCGGAGUGCAGAUGGGCAAUGCAUGCUGGGAGCUGUACUGUCUGGAGCACGGAAUCCAGCCCGAUGGACAGAUGCCGUCCGAUAAGACGAUUGGGGGAGGGGACGACUCCUUCAACACGUUCUUCAGCGAGACAGGGGCGGGGAAGCACGUCCCAAGGGCCAUUUUUAUCGACCUUGAGCCCACUGUUGUUGAUGAGGUGCGGACCGGAACCUACCGCCAGCUGUUUCACCCCGAGCAGCUGCUCUCGGGCAAGGAGGACGCCGCCAAUAACUAUGCCCGAGGUCACUACACCAUUGGCAAGGAGAUUGUUGACCUUACCCUUGACCGCAUACGUAAGCUAGCGGAUUCAUGCACGGGUCUGCAGGGCUUCCUCAUCUUCCACAGCUUUGGUGGAGGCACCGGGUCGGGUUUCUCCUCUCUGCUGUUGGAGCGACUCAGCAUCGAUUAUGGGAAAAAGUCAAAGCUGGAGUUCGCCAUUUACCCGGCCCCUCAGAUCUCUACGGCCGUGGUGGAGCCGUACAAUUCCAUUCUGACCACCCACACGUCCCUGGAGCACACGGACGUGGCGUUCAUGGUGGACAAUGAGGCUAUUUACGACAUCUGUCGGCGGAACCUGGACAUCGGGAGACCGACGUACACCAACCUGAACAGGAUCAUCGCCCAGAUUGUCAGCUCCAUUACGGCUUCUCUGCGCUUUGAUGGCGCCCUAAACGUCGACCUGACAGAAUUCCAGACGAACCUGGUGCCGUAUCCUCGGAUCCACUUCCCCAUGGCUACCUACGCGCCGGUGAUUUCGGCAGAGAAGGCCUACCACGAGCAACUAACGGUUGCUGAGAUCACGAACGCCUGUUUUGAGCCAGCCAAUCAGAUGGUGAAAUGCGAUCCACGUCACGGGAAGUACAUGGCGGUUUGUUUGAUGUACCGAGGAGACGUCGUUCCCAAAGACGUCAACGCCGCCAUCGCCAACAUCAAGACGAAGAAGUCCAUCCAGUUCGUCGACUGGUGUCCUACAGGGUUCAAGGUUGGCAUCAACUACCAGCCGCCCACCGUCGUCCCAGGAGGUGACUUGGCCAAGGUCCAGCGUGCUGUCUGCAUGUUGAGCAACACGACCGCCAUCGCCGAGGCGUGGGCGCGUCUCGACCACAAGUUCGAUCUGAUGUACGCCAAGCGCGCCUUCGUCCACUGGUAUGUCGGUGAGGGUAUGGAGGAAGGGGAGUUCUCGGAGGCUCGCGAGGAUAUCGCUGCCCUGGAGAAGGAUUACGAGGAGGUUGGAACCGAUUCUGUUGAUGAGGAACCAGAAGAUGAGGGAGAAGAAUAUUAACUUUCGUUGACGUUUCAUUCCGCGUGAUUUACAGAAACAUUUAUUUGGUUUUAAUUUAGAAGUGGACUACGUCAUCAAAGCACGCAUUGCUGUACUGUGAUAUUUUUUCCGGUUUUUUUAAUAUUGCAUUUAUGUUUACCUAGUCGGGUUCUUUUACAAAAUAUAACCAUCCUUCUUGAAGAAGAUAAUAUUUAAUAACAAUUUGACAUUUUUUAUUGAAACUGCCACCAGAGUUACCUGAAAAGUAAAAUGAAAGAAACAACAACAAAGAAAACAUGAUGAACAGAUUCGAUUAAGAUGUAUAUUAUUUCGACAUCUCUGAGGUGUAACAUUUUCAAAUUAAUUAGAUAUUUAUAAUGAAAGUUAUAAUGCUGUGUGCAAUGAAAUACUAAAUAUCUUUUAAAAUUAUUAUUAUUUGUGUGUUUGGUUUUGUUUGUUUGUUUGUUUUAAUACAUAUUUAUAAUUAUAAUUGCCUUCGUUAGUUUUAACAUUUGCCUUAAAAAUAAUGUUUUAAAUUACUUUAGAAGAAUAUUUUGGCAAAAGAGUUAUCUUAGUAUAAGAAUAAUUGUUCCACUAAUUUAUUAUUAUUUAGUAAGUAUACAGAAUAACAUAAUACGUAUUACGUUCAGGAUGGAAAAUAGUUCUUGUAUAUUUACGUUGCAAAUUUUGCAAUUGCAUUUAAUGUGUUUAUUAUUUUUUUAUGUUAACAUUUUGAAAGAAGCUAUUGAAGUUGGUUUGCUUUAAUAAAGUUUUCGUAUUUG